AUGGAUCAACAGUUAAACAAUGGAACUACUCAGGCGAAAGGGGCAUCGCAGAAAAGUCCCACUGAGCCUCCCACACUUCGAGCCCGCCGGUUUCCCACUCCACGGGCGCGGUCCACCACAUCUCCGCAGUUAAGCCGCCGCCCAACAGAAGUCCCUGAAAUUGCAUUUCGCAACAGCGCAGAGUCCAUUAGCGAUCCGGUUGUGAGUGUACUCUUAUCCACUCCAGGCGCUCAUUCAUCCCCGGUGGAUCCCUUCAUGACAGUUAUUUAUCCAGGAAAGAUGGGAGGUAGUGAAGAGAUAGAAGCAGAGGGGGAAUCGGAAUCACUGCGUGCACGUGAUAAUUUGGGAAGAACGCAGGUGCGGGUGGAAGGAUACUUUUAUGAUGAUGGGGAUGAUGAUGCUAUUGGUGCGUUAAUUCCAAAUGAUCUUCCUCGUAGUACUAUUCUAUAUGUACUAACAGCAUCUGAAGGACGAGAUAAGUUAUUUAAAUGUCUUCAGUAUGGAUUACAAGUAAUGAUAUGUUUUCUUAAACGACCAGGACUUUUCUCACCAGAGUCACAAGGUCUAGCGGAUUAUUGGGCUGAACGUUUUUUACGUAAUAGCAAUACUAUUCGACAUGGUCGUGGAUUAUUUAAAGUAGGUCGUUGGUUAUUAAAUUUAUUCUUUCUUGAGGAAAUCUAUGAUCGACUUUCUUUAAAACAUGGUAAUCAGGUACGAGGGUUUUUAAAUAAAGUUCGAGCAUUCCUUGCUCGUUUUCCAUUUUUUCCUGGUACAGGUUCUUUACUAGAGUAUGGAAAGAAAAAGAAACCCAUAUCUAGUAGUCGAAAUAGUUUUGAUGAUAAAGAAUCUAGUAAUAUAGAUUCUUUGGUAACUGAUGAUAUGUUUUCAUGUAUAGCCCGUGUGGAACACCCAUGGGGUUAUCCCACGAUUCCUUGCCCAAUGUCUAUAGGAGGACGAGAUAAUGUUAAGAGAAAUGAAAAUGAAAAUAAUGCGAUAGAACCAGAUGCGGCACGUCGUUUCUACUUGAAGGAAAGGAUUAUGAAUAAUAAUAAUGAUUUUCAAGAAAUAACUCAUAAACAAUUACAACAACCUUUAAAUGAUGAGAAGGAAGGAGUAGAUAAUGAACAUCAUGAGAGUUCACCUACGCAUCCGUGUACAGAUAUACCAGACUAUGCCGCACAUGAUACCUUAUCAUCUCCACCAUCUAUUCAAUCUACUUUACCUGCAUCUUUUCUUAUGGAUGGUGGACGAAAUCGUGCCGCACGAGAAUCAUUACUUCCUUCUAAAACACUUCUUCAACCUUUACGUGCCACUAACAUGGAUGAGGAGGAUCAUGUAAACAAUAGUAAUGAUAACAAAACUAUACAUAUAGAUGGUACUCCUUCUAUGAAACCAAUGAUGAAGAUGGAAGGUAGAAAUGAUAGUGGUUUAUGUCAUCCAUUGGAAACGAAUGCUUCAUCUUUUCCUGGUUAUCUUUCAUCCUAUCAAACUUUACCAUAUGAACCUCGUUUAGGAGAUGCUUUACCAGCUCCCCGAAAUUCUGGUAAUAAUCACACUGGAAAUAAAAUGCAUGCCGUUCGUAGUGCAGCUUCCCCUAUUAAUAUGGAAGAUGAAGAUUUUGAAUUCCCUAAUAGCAGGUAUAAUGGUAGUGAUAUUAAUUACUCCUCAAGUAGCGAUGAUGUACUCAAGGAAAAAGAAGGUUUAGUUAAUGGAAAUAUGCAAAGUUUACCAGCAGAAAUGGGAUAUCCAGAUCAUUGGAGAAAACGUGUUCUUCAAUUUAGUACACCUCUCAUGUUACUUUUAAGUGUACGCAGUGUUGCCACUAUAGGUAGACGAGUAUUACGUGAUAUCUUAUUACUAUCAUCAAAGCAAUUCUUAGAUCUUCUUUAUGUGGAAAAGAAUCGUCCUGUCCUUCAACGUCGUUCCAAUUGGCUUUGGUUAGCCGUUUCCGUUAUUGAUUUAAUCCUUAACACCAUCCGAUUAGUAGAUGAAGGUUGGUAUAAAUAUGCAACAGCCCGUCAUAGUCCCGCCUAUCAUUGUAAUUGCAAUACUAAUAAUGAUAGUGAAGAAGAUACAAUGAUUCGUUAUCGUGGUUUAGUGGCCCAACGAAAGACGAAUCUUGUCUUUCCUCCUGUGGAUCUUGACUUUGGCGCACCUAUUUGUUCCUCACCCGCCUACUUUGAGGCGGCAGAUCCUGUGCAUAUAACCCCAUCUUGUCGAAUUUGUGGUUGUUUGUUUGUGGAAACUCACGCAGGCGAAGGGGAGGGUUUAUCCUCAAGUCAAGAUGGAGAAGAAGAGGAACAUCAUCAACAUCAACUUGAACAGCGUCGACAGCAUAAACGACAAUAUUCAUACAAACACACAUCAUCUCGACGAAGUGGAAAAACAAAUGGCAAUCAUAAUAUCUCUAGUCCAUUCCGAGAUAUGGGUAGUUUCGGAAAUAAAGAGAAGGCAAACACCAUUGGUGAGACGGCGGAGGUGGCUAUUCUUUUCAUUCCUUGGUUAAUGCGGAAAUUAUUUAAUUACAUUUGGCUGCUGCGUGCCCAUUCCAACUGGACGGCGACAAUUCUUCUGCAGGUGCGUUACAUGGCGGAAGUCUUUCUUGCCUUUCAGUAUUGUUUUGGUGGGUAUGAGACUGGGAAGAAUGAUGCCUCGCUGGAGGAGAUUUUACACCCGUUUGGGGCGAUUGCUGGUUUGGUGAGUGCCGUGCUUGGACUGCAGCGCGCCGUGGAGAGUGCGCCAAAGUAG